UCCUGCGUUCCUGCGUGUCACCCGAGUGUCCCCCAGGCGUGUCCCUGUCCUGUCCUCUGAGGCCAUGGAACCCUGUGAGCUGCUCCAGUUGCUGGUGGACGUGGUGGCCAGGCUGGGUGAGCUGGCAGCCACCGUGGCCUGGAUGUACGGGGACGUGCUGCUGGCCGUGUCCCCAAGGUCCCUGCACAAGGCCCUGGAGGCAUUCAUCAAUCACCUCCAGGACACCCUGGGCCACCCCGGUGUCACCUCCCUGGGCCGGGCCCUGGCUGCCCUCAGGGCCAACCAAGGGGCCACCUGGGCCCAUGUGACAGCUGCGGCCAGCGCCUGGCGGGACUCGGUGGCCACGUUCGAGGACAACUGGACCCGGCUGGCCAGGGAGGCCAGCGAGCUCCGUGACACCUGCAGGGACACGGCCACCAGGGAGGCCACCACUGCGGCCACCGCCAACACCCAGGCCAGGGAGCAGCGGGUCAAGGGUGAACGCUGGGGGACAUCUCUGCACAACCUGUGGGAUGCGGCCUGGCAGCUGCCGCUGGUCCUGACCAAGGAGAAGAUGGCCUCAGCCAUCACUGAGCAUGAUGCCGGUAUGGAGGCGGCUGCCAAUGAGGUGGAGGCGACCACGAAGGCCAUGGAAGAGGCUGUGGUGGCCGCCAACAAGGCAGAGGCAGCCACCAGGAGGGGACAGCGGGCAGAGAGGGCCCUGGGCCCCCUGGAGCGCUUGGUGGCUGCGUGUGACAAAGCCACCGCGUUCCCCCACGAGCUGCUGCGCCGGCUCAGGGCCAUCGAAGCCUCCCUGGAGGGGAUGUCCCCAACAACUGAAGUCCCCAACAGCUUGGUGGCUGCGGUGGCCGAGGCCGAGCGGCUGUGGAAGGCCAGCGCCCGGCUGGCCAGAUGUCACCUGCUAGGAACACUCGGGAACAUCCGCACGCUCCUCUCGAGUAGGUCUGGUAGCUCUGGUGGCCGUGCAGUGGCCAUGCAGUGCCAAAAAGCCGCCGAGGCCAUCCCGAAGUUACUGCAGGGACAGUGAUGUCACCGCUGUGAUGUCAUCAAGGGUGGUGAAAUCAUCAGGGACAUCACUGGUGUCACCUAUCUACUCCCUCCUCCCCGCCAGAGAUUUGAGACAAGUUUGGGGAAUUUCCUGGGAAUUUUCAUUAAAAUUGCCCAAAAUCCUGAUGGGAAUUCCUGGGGUCAUGUCACUGGGGACACUCUUGGGACACUCUGGGGCCAUUCAGGGACACUCAUUGACGGGUUGGGGGUGGUGAAUGAGGCAGCUUUCCAUCAUGGGUACAGCAGAUCAUUUCUUGAGCCUCCUCAAAAACCUUCAGGUCCCUUUCCCUUUGUGGGCAGUUUCAUCUCAAUGCCCAAUUUCCCUGCAUUGGUGACAGAUUGGGCCUCGGUUGUUCAAUUGCCCUUUCCCCUUUUAGGGCCUCUCCCCCAGGGAGCUCUGGUCCCGUUAUCCUCGCCCUGCACCCGUUUGCCUUGCCCUGGCAGGGUCUCAUUUCCCUCUGGGGUGGGUCCUUGCAUGCUGGUUCCCCUCAGCAAUAGCAGCUGCCAUUAUUUUCUCUUUCCCCUUGUCCCUCUGUACCUUGGCCUUCUGGGCUCCUUUUAUCAGGUCAUUCAAUCCCUUAUCCGGCCAUUCCCCCAGUCUUUCUAGCAUUUCCUUAUAUCCAGCCAAGCACGAGUGAUAAAGGUUA